AUGUUUGAGCAACAAACAAAUUCCACGCGUCUCGACGACAUCAAGGAGGAAAAAAACGACGAUCUCUUCGGUCAGAUGAGUCCUAUGCCUACGAGCCUUAUAAUGGACGCAGUCCAACCUCCUGUGGAAAACGAGUCUUACGACAAUUACAGUUCGAUGACCCCCGCACAGUUUGAUAUGAGCGGUUUCAAAUCCGGGGCGGGCUUAGCAGCUGCAGCCGUCAAUGGCCUCUUGGGCCGCUCGCAUGCGUCUGGCUCCGGUUCCGGCUUCAUGAUGUCUGACUUCGAUCUUAAUUCCCCAGCAUCGGUACUGGCUACCUCGCCCGAUUCCAUGUACAACUCCAAGACGGUCAUUCCCGCUUCGAUGAACCUCUCGCGCAAUGACAGCUCGUAUUCGUCCUACUUUGGAGAAGAUUCCUACAUCGAUUCUGCACAUCCUCCAAGCAAUCUGCAGAGAUCUGCAUCAACAAGGUCCACGGAUAGCGGAAACAGAAAGCACGGAACGUUACAUAGAAGCCACCAUUCGUACUCGCAGCACCCUCAUCCAUACAAGAAGACAUCACACUCUGUCGACGGUGCGCUAGUUUCCCCGAUACCAAAGGAUGAGCUCCUUGGUAUAAACUAA